GCUAGACCCCAUGCCAUGACGUUACAAUCACAGUGAAAUUAGAGUACGAGGAAAAAAGCAUUGACAGAAGUUCCAAGGUAGUUACAAUGCCGCCUCCACCCGAAUUGAAAGUUGUUUUAUUGGGUGACAAUUGCGUGGGAAAAACAUGCUUAGCACAUCGAUUUGUGACGGAUACUUUUAUAUCGCCAUCAGAAUCAGAGACUACAAUUGGCGCGGUGUCUGUGUCAAAAGAAGUUCGAGUAAGCAACAAAAAAAUUAAACUUGGUGUAUGGGAUACAGCAGGCGAUGAGAGGUACGAUGCAAUGACAAAAUUUUAUUAUAGAGGAGCAAACGCUUCGGAAAAAAAAAAAAAAAAAAAAACUUCGGAAAAAGUCAAGUAUUGGAUCAAUGAAUUGAAGAGUGUAGAAGAAGGCUGUAGCAUUUACGUUUGUGCUUUGAAAAAAGACUUAUUGAGAUUUACUGAGCGCGAUAUGGUGAGACAUCUUGAACAUAUGGAGAAUUAUGCCGAUGAAGUGCCAGCAAAAUUUUAUAUAACAUCUAGUAAAACUGGACAAAAUGUUGAAUUAUUUCAGGCCAUUGCAGAGACGUGUGUUCCAACUGUGAAAAACCCACAUACACAGAAAUUGAGUGACCAAUUUGAUACGUUGUCAUUGGACAACAAAAAUCCGUGUUAUGUCUAGGUGCGAAGAUGAUAAUACAGACAAGAAAUGAGGCUUCAUAGCAAUAAGAAAUUAUGAACAGGUUAGCAAGAUCAUGUUAUUGGCAAAUACACACUUCAUUUGCAGGUUUUAUUUUUUUUUUCAUACUUCUAGCCCAUUAUCAAAACAAACAACAACAAAGAAUCACAAGUUUACACGGAUUGAUUGUUGUAAAGUCGUGCCAUAUCGCAAUAACAUGAGAUAUUCAUUGCGAAUGACUAUAUAUGAACAUAUAUUUUUCUACUGCAAUUUUUUUACAUUUUCAGUAAACUGUGAUUCACUAAAAAAUAAUAUUUUUUUUGAUCCAGUGUGGAUAAAGGGGAUCGUCAACACGGCUGAACGAUCCCCUUUGUCGUCUUAAGGUUCCUGAUAAUUAAGAAAAACUUUAUCCAUGUGGUAAACACGAGUACUACAAACAGAAUCUUUAAUUUUUGCAUGGAUUCAACUCAAUUGAAUACAAUGAAUUCUAAAAAAUAAAAUGAUUCUAAAAUAUUUUAAAUAUGUUUUGACAUAAAAUAUACAGUGGAGGAAAUUGUUGAAGCUCUUCACAAAAAUGUCUGGAAACAAUUAUUAUAAGAUGGAUCAUUGUAUUUUUAAUCUGAUUAAAAUAAAGAAUUUUCAAGUUGUAGAGAACGCUGUUCAGCUUCUCGAAAAAUGUUUGAAAAAAUUCGACAAA